AUGGAGUUUACGCUGCAUUGUAACCUUGGAGGUCCUCGCAAUGCCAGCGUUUCUUUGCGGCUCCGCAUGUUGCAUGUGUGGCCGGCGAAGUCCCCGGGGGACAUUAGGAUCUACAAUUACUGCACUCUUUGGGUCGACGAAACAGGUAUGCUGAUACAAGGCGUCUCACCGACUUCGAUGGCUACCGGGAUUCGUCGUGAUCUCUCGGUUGGCAAGAUAUACGUCAUAAAGACUUUUGCCCUGAGCAAUCCGCCAAAUCAUUUCCCACUUGAUGCUUACGAGUUUGUGGCUUUCUCUCAGUUGAAUUUGCGUGCCGGUAACCAUCGUUAUUUGACAGGUUAG